AUGGCAAAAGUGGAGGUGCAGAUACGGCACUGUUUUUGUUGCGGUCUUCACAUCGGUUCCUUCUUCGUCGCCAUCUACUCCCUUCUCGUGUUCCUGUUGCUCGGAACCCUGGCUUUAUGGGGUCUGUCGGAUCUGACCCAGAAUGGCGACAAAAUAUACGAUGAUUGCGAGAAAGAGGCGCUCGGCGUCAUCCGAACUGGUGGGUUGCGAUCAACUUCCUCAUACUUUAUUAAACAAUAAAAACGCCAUUGAAAAAUUGGAGUUUUUUGAUGGAUUGAACUAUGUCGAUGAGUAAUUAAAAAAUUCCUUCGGCGAUUUUUGAUCGAAAUUUCUGGAAUUUGCUUUUGAAAAAUUGAGAAUUUUUUGAUGAUUUAUGAAACAAGGCACAAAUUGUGACUAAAAUUAUCCGAGAGACAUUCGAUUUUUUGGGAGAGUAAAAAUAUUUUAACCGUAAGAUUUUUGCCCAAAAAUUUUAUUUUACAAGUCAAAAAAAUAAAUUUUUUCUUUAUAAAUCAUAGGCUUUCGACCAAAAAUUUGAAGAUUUUCGCCCAAAAUUUUUUUGUCAUAAAUUGAGAAAAAAUUUUAAAAAAUGGUUUUUCUGAUUUUUUGGCCCAAAAUUUGAAAAAAAAAAUUCGAAAAAAUUAAUUUUUCGAUUAAAAUUUUUACUCACAAAAAAUCAAAAAAAAUCCCAAAUUUUCCAUUUUUCAGACAACCGAAAGCUCCAAUUCCACGAAGGCCACACCACCGUCAUCGUGGAGGACUCUAGUUCUUACCAUUGCUCCUUCGGUCUCUAUACCGAGGAGUUAAAAUUCGCUCAGGAUUGUAAGAAAAUAAAUUUCCCUCUAUUUUAUAACUUUAUAAAGAAAAGCUUUACUAUUUUUUAUUUUUAACAUUUUUUCAGCCAGAUUCUUUGCCCUCUGGUUUGACAUUGGCCUGUACGCUCUUCUCGUUCUGGCUUCAGUGAUCCUACUGGUCGGUCUGUGUGUUUACAACCAUUUCUUCUUGGUCCCAUGGAUCUUGUUGAUGGCUGUGGAGGUUGUCAGAGGGGUUAUUUCGACUGUUCUGAUCUUUGUUUACAGUCAUGUAAGUUUAUGAAAAUUUUUGAAAAAAAAAUCAAAAAUCUUAUUUUUUUACUUUUUUUCUUAUUUUUCUAAAAAAAUUUCAGGGAAAUCUUGCGCGAAUUGCCACAGGCAUCUUCUUCCUUGGGGUCCAGUGCUUCCAUGUGAGUUUUAUUGCUCAUUUUUUACUAAUUUUACAUAACUUAUCCCUCUAAAUUCGUGUAAACAACGUAUUUUCAGAUCUCAAUUUUGCUGGUGAUAAUUGCCAAAGCGCAGAAGAUCUACAACCGAAAGCACGGAAUCCCCACUGAACCGGUAAGUUUUCACCAAUCUUUCGGGUAAAAACAUGCCCAAAGAGGGACCUUGUUUUCGAGUGCAGCGAGUAAUCACGUCUAAUUUUGCUGACAGCUGAAAGAAAGGGCGAUUUUUUACUAUCCGAAAAGUUAGUUCCAUGACCCAGAUUUUGAAUGACUCAAUAAAGACGAUUUUUUUGGAUAAAAACUGCUAAGAAACCGAACCAAUUUCAGAGCGUAUUUUACAUUAAAAAAUCAAGUUCCAGCAGAGCAUUCAUGUUGACAAAACUUGUCGCAAAUAAAGACGAAAUUUUCAUCAUGUAUACGGCAGAUUUUUAAUGAAUUCAUUGCAAGGAUAGGAGGCUUUUGAGGCCAAAAUAUUCUCAAAAGUUUGUGGUGCUAGCAUGGUACAAAAUUUGAAAUUCACUGUGUAAAACAGCUUCGGGGAAAAAUUCUAUGGAUUUUUGAAAAAGCGUAGAAGAAUGGGAGAAUAGAGGUCCACAAAAAAAUCAAAAUUUCCUGGCUGAAAAAUGCUGCAACUCGAGCAAUUGUCCUUAAAAAUUUUAAACUUCCCUCGAACCUCUUUUUCCCGUAUUUUACCCUUUAAAAAUUUGUACAAAUUAUUUUCAGUACGAUCACCGAGUAGUCUACCCUUCCACCACCCUUCCUUCCAACUACGCUUACUCUCCGCAAGUCCCUCGUUCGGCCCGUGAUCCCUAUCCUUACUCGGACUACUCUCCCUCGCAGAAGAAUGCUCCGUAUUACGACCAGACAUACGGUACUCAUCGGUAUUAA